AUGCAUGAAUUGAGGCGAUCGGCCUCAAGCAUCGCGACCGAGCUCUGGUCUCCUGAUGAAUUGUACAAGGCCGAUCCUCAAGUUGAUAUUUUGCAGCCGAGUUCGAGGACGCUUGAAGUAGACUCCAAUCGAUUUUACGCGUUCCGUUUGUCACUGGUGCUGGCGCCGUUUGAGGCUCUCGAGAGAUACCAGGCUCCGCAAGGCGAGGGCACCGAUCUUCUCGUCGAUGACGACGUCUUCGACGUGACGUGCACGGAGAUGCAGUGGGGCGGGCGACCAGAUGUGAGCACAAUGGGCAUCAUCGCUGAGCAGUGCAAGACAACUUCAUGGUUCCGCUUCUCGAGCACCCUCUCUCGGCGAUUGUUUGUCGUCGAUCGCUCUGCCGUGCACGUGCAGACCCUCGUUGCAGCGCUGCGCUACUCGUUCUCUCAUCUCUUGUUUCCAGCAGACGCGGAGAUGUGCGAGGGGACAUGCACUGUUCUGUUCGAGUUCAUUGUGCACCAUUGGUCGAGGCUAUCAGGAUUUCUUCCUUUGCUGUACUUUCUUUUCGAGCUGCAGGAGCGCGCCUUCUUGGCGUUUUACAAACAACUGGGUAACCUUGUUCAGAUGAGGGUCAACAGCGAUAUCGCUGCGUGUGACGCCCUCAAGCCGAAAAAGAGUGGCACGAUGUUCUCGUGGUUCUCAUCAAAGCCAAAGGAGGCGGAGCUUGGUGUGAACGACAAGCUGGAGAUCAUCGAUACUCUCAAGUCGAUGCUACCGCCAGCGUUUGAGAAACGGUACAUGCUUGCCCUCGUGAAUCAUGAGCACUUGAGAAAGAUGCAGCUCUUCUGUCGCGAGUAUGUGGGCUCCCUGAAGCAAGAGGCAUCCACGUAUCAGGCGCUCGCGGAGGGCUUCGCCACUUACCCGCUCACCUCGAGCCCUGUCAAAGGGUGGCACCCGACAAGCGCUCUCGAAGCUCUGGCGAAAGAGAACUCUGUUGUGAAGAAAACGAUGACUUCGGUACAGCGGUUCGCGUUGCGCAAGAGCUCUCUCGCGAGCGAGCUUGUUCUUCCGUAUCUAAGGGCUAUAUCAAAAUGCGAGUGGGAAAUCGGCAUCAUCGCACACUCACUCGUGGCUUUCUACGAGGAUCUGGUGAUGCGUGCAAAGCGGGUAAGCGAAAGCACGAUGCUGUUGUCCGGAGAGGUACCUCUGCCGCCGGGGUGUGAGGCUUCCACGCGGCCAGAGAGCCUGGAAAAUGCCCGCGAGGUAAAUCAGAGGCUUACUUUGGAAUUUGUCAAUAUAAAGGAGCGUUUCGAAGUGGAGGUAGCACACGCGGAGGCGGCGAUCAAGACACGCAUGAGGCGUCUCUGCAUUCUCUGCGGGAGUGUGGUGAAGGCAAUAGCCUCUUGCACGAACGCAGAGUACUACGAGGAGUACUUGUGUUCACUCGCCUCGCCACUGCCUGACGACGUCACCGACGACUGCCGCGCGUCUCAUCCACUCAAGGAGUGCCUCGGUGUCGUGGAGGGGCAGGAGGAAUCUAUCUAUGCCAUGGACCGUGAGGGUGCCUAG